AUGAUAUACUGUAGUACGACAUGUCAAGGAAAAGGUGAAGAAGAAAUGGAGAAGGAUAACACUACCAAAGAAAUAAUAAGAGAAUUACAACAAGAGAUUAUAGAGAAGGAUAAAUAUAUUGCCUCUAUGAAAAAACGCUCAUUGGCUUUUGAGGAUGAUAUGAUUGAAAUUGAAAAAAAUUACAACGACGAGAUCCAGACUUACAAGCGUCAAAUACAAAAUAUAGAGCAACAACUAGUAUAUUUAUCCUCAAAAAACAGUACACUGCAGGAACUGUCAACCUCACUUCUGAUGGAAGAGCCUUCUGUUGCGAAUGAUAUUAGGGCCACAAGUUUCCAAAUGAAGACAAACGAUAUGUGUAAAAGCCAGCCGAUAGAACAUGAAUUCAACGAACAUCAAACAGCGUCGACUUUUGCCCACUGUGCAUCUAUCGUUUCCCCUAUACCCAAGUUAGACGGCGAAGUAGCAGCAGAAUCUGCAAGACAAACUUCAAAAGAAUUCGAUGAUGCACCAAUAAUCGAUAUAGUACCAUCUGGUGGAUCACCGAAACGUAAUGCCUCAGACAGCUGUCGGAAAAUCAUUAUAAUUGGUGACGAAUAUGCAAAAAGUUUCAGAAAAGUGUUAGAAUUAUACAUCGACAUGAUAAAGUUCUCCAUAAAAGCUCACGUUUAUCCACAUUUAGAGUUUGUAGAUAUCACAAAAAACGUAUUUAACAUCACAAAAUCUCUUGGUGAGAACGAUUUUGUAAUCUUGAUGAUCAACUCUAACAAUAUAAGUAACACCCCAUCCUUAAACAAAGGUUUACAUUGCCUCUUACCUCUCCGUCGAGUAACCAAUCUUAUUUUUUAUGCGAAUUGA